UCCCUUCCCAAACAACUCUUGCUUUCACAUCGCCCUGCUCGCUGCUUCAUUCAAAACCCCAUUCACCCCGGAAAUGAACCAAGACAAAGUCGAGGAAAUGUGGGGCCCUAGGACCCCAGACGACUUUCAUUACAAAGGCGAACUGCCUGCCUGGGCGAGCGAAAAGCCCGUUUACGAAUGGCAAGAGGACUAUACCGAGGGCACUGCGCCGCCUAACCUGAAGCUAGAGGCCGAGCUCUACGACGAUGAAGGUCGCGUCCGUGCGGGAGACACCUUUAGCAACCUCAGCAGGAUCAACGUCAGCCGCCAAGGUGGCCCUGAGUCGUACACGCCUCUGACAAGCUUUGACCAAGCAAAGUUCCACCCGACCAUACUCGAAAACAUCCAACGGAUGCACUAUAAGGACCCAACACCCGUCCAGAAGAACGCCAUACCGCUGCUUAUGUCUGGAUACGAUCUUUUGGCUUGCGCCCAGACCGGCUCAGGAAAAACGGCGGCGUUUCUUCUUCCUGUUCUGUCAAAAAUCCUUACAAAGCUUUCGCGCACUGCAGAAUCAACAGUCAACCGACCCGGAGCACGGAGGACCAAGGCAUCACCUCAAGCACUGAUUAUCUUGCCUACACGAGAGCUCGGUAUUCAAAUUUUUGAUGAGACGAGACGCUUUACAUACAAGAGUCCUGUCCGACCUGUGCUCAUUUAUGGAGGUGCCGAGAUGAGGGCUCAGAGGGAACAGCUGGCUAAGGGAUGUGACGUCCUUAUUGCCACACCUGGACGUCUGAUGGAUGCCAUGGAACGAGGCGCAGUCGCGUUGGAUCAUGUCAAGUACUUGGUCCUGGAUGAGGCAGACAGGAUUCUUGAUGCGGGAUUUGCGCCCACCAUCCGCCGUGUUUUAUUAUCUUCAGAUCUCCCAAGGGACGAAGGGCUGCACAUGAUGAUGUUCAGUGCUACGUUUCCGAAGGAAGUCCAGGCUAUGGCGCGUGACUUCAUGAAAGAAGACUACUGCCGACUCCGCAUCGGAAGGAUCGGUGGCACUACAACUGACAUCAUGCAAAAAGUUAUCAAAGUUGAGGAGUAUGACAAGGAGGAGACGCUCAUAGAACUACUGCUCUCACAGCCGCCAUCGCGUACAUUGAUCUUUGUGGACACGAAACGUAAAGCGGAUUAUCUGGACGAUGUACUCUACAACAAAUAUUUUCCUUGCAUAUCCCUUCAUGGAGACCGAAGUCAGCAUGAGCGCGAACUCGCACUAGAGGCAUUCAAGGUUGGCAAGAGCCCGAUCCUUAUCGCUACUGCAGUCGCGGCUCGAGGAUUGGACAUCAAAGAUGUGCUGCAUGUUGUCAACUAUGACCUCUGUGAAGACAUUGACGAGUACGUCCAUCGAAUUGGACGCACGGCCCGUGCAGGGAACCCAGGGCUGGCCACGACGUUUUACAAUGAUCGAAAUUAUAUGAUUGCACCGCAGCUGACUAGGUUGUUGGUCGAAUGCGAGCAGGCCGUGCCCGAGUUUUUGAGUGAAUUCGUGUCCGAAAACGCGUAGGUCGUACGAAAAUGAUUUCGUAGAUCCCGAAUUGCUCGAGCA